AUGGCCUCAAUUGCUCGCUGCGUCAGGGCUGCCCGCCCCUCGGUCCUGUCGGCCGUCGUCAAGCCCGCUGCCCGCUCCGUCAUGGCCCGCCCUGCGCAGAGGACCUUUGCGACGACACCUGCCGCUCUCAUCCGCAAGUACACCAAGGACCACGAGUGGAUCGACCUCGCGGCCGACAACAAGACGGGCGUCAUCGGCAUCUCUGAGUACGCCGCCGAGGCUCUCGGCGACGUCGUCUUCGUCGAGCUCCCCGAGGAGGGCGCGACCGUCGCCCAGGGCGACGCCAUUGGCGCCGUCGAGUCUGUCAAGAGCGCCGCCGACAUCAACGCCCCCGUCAGCUGCAAGGUCGUCCAGGUCAACAUUGACCUCGAGGAGAAGCCCGGCACUAUCAACAAGGUGCCCGAGGACGACUCGCACGGCGGCGGCUGGCUGGCCCGCGUGGAGGUCGACGAGCAGGGCGUCAAGGACCUCGAGAGCCUCAUGGAUGCCGAGGCCUACAAGGCGUUUGUCGGCGGCGAGCACUAA